UCUGAAAGUCGACGCGACGUUAGUGGCAUCUAUGGAUUUGUCAGUGAAUAUUAUGUUUUAAUGCAGUGGUGUUAUUCUUUGCUGUUAAAAAAAAUACAUGAGUUAAGUCAAAAUGGAUGAGACAGACAAUAGCAAGAGUCUCUACUUGUUUGGACGAGAUGUGUCCAAAAUACCAUGUUUUCGUAGUAGCUUUCUUUAUGGUAUGGGAGGUGGAUUUGGUAUUGGAUUAAUGUCAUUUAUGAUAACCAGUAAACCACGAUUGUCUACACAUGUAGGAUUCAGUGGGUUUGCAGUUACAACUUUAAGUUAUUGGAUGUAUUGCCGUUAUCGAUGGUCUCUGGAUAAAUUUGCUGUAACGCAACUUCAACCAGCUAUGCGAAAUAAAGCAUUGUUUGAAGGAACCAAAUUGGACCCAGAAAUAAAAGAAGCUUAAAUGUGAUAUAAAGUUUGAUACUUAGUACCAUGUAGAAAUAUUUUGAAGUAUUUAUUUUAAAUAUUAAUAAAAGUAUAUCAAA